UCCGGAAUGAUCUUGUGUGGAUGCGACUGUUGAACAGCCUCUCGGAAUGGGUUGCAUUUGGAACCUUGGGGCGUUCGCGGGAGACUAUUCACCAUCCAUGCAUCCUGCUCCGCGCGAGCGUAACCUCACGUUUUGCCAGCAAUUCGCUAAUGAUGCGAAUGUAAUCGACUCGCGAGCUGGUAAUGUUAAGUUGGGUAAUAAAUGGACAUGAACGUUCAGAUAUAAAAAGUAUGUGUACGUUGAAGGAGCGUGUUUGACGAUUGGUGACGCACCGGCAACCCGACCUUCUGGGCCCGACCAGUCACCCUCUUGGGGUUCAUGUCCUUCCAGCUUUCACGCUUUCCGCAGCUAUUCCAUCUCGCGUUUCCCUUCUUCUCUUUUGCACAACUCUAUUUGUCUAGUUAGUCCACUAAUUGCAAAAACCCCCUUGAGAGAAGCUCAGCUGAAUUCCGCAGGCGCUUUGGUCCCCAUUAAGCUUGCUAUCAGAUGUAUGAGGACUCGCAUUGCGCUAAUCCGGAAUUAACCGUGCUGUGAUGAGGACAGUCAGUGAAACGGUGACGCUUGCGAUUGACAGGAGUAAGUCAUGGCGCUGUGUUCUGCAGGGAUUCCGUGUUGGCACUGAAGCUGUUGUCGAAGGAAGUAGUGGUCAGCAUUGAGUCAUUUAUGUCCCAGGGUCCUCUCAGGCUUGCUCUUCGAAGUAGAUUUUGCGAAGGACGGUGUAGUUGCGCUUGUUGUUUGCCAGCUGUGAUUUCGCAUCAUGGGCACCGAUUUGCGCUCCAUUGCUUUCUAGCGCUUUGAGCUUGGGUGUCUGGCUGAUUGGGAGUAAGCCGGGCAAGGCAUUCGGUGAAAUCUUGUAACACAGAUAAGCAGCCUUAGCUACUUGCAGACACGACAGUGCAAUUGCGGCAAGGAAUUGAUCGAUUCACUUCUCGUACACUGUUUUUGAACUUUAAUAUGCUCCAUAGAUUUCAUAUGGAGAUGUUUAAUUCGUGUAGAGUAGAAUAUAUGUUUCGAAUCCCACUAACUAGGUCGGACAUGACGCGAUAUUCUAGUAGGAUUAGAAUGCACAGGUGGCUAUGGAUGCAAGCAGCCAUAGCUGUACUCACAAUGUUGUUUGCAAGGGGGCCUGGCGUCCACGGACAGGAUUUAGGAACAUGGGAAUUGCUUGUAGAUAAUGCAGGUAUAGCAGCUAUGCACGCCGCGGUCACCCGCUUCGGAACCGUGGUGCUUCUAGAUAGAACCAACACUGGAGCAUCUCAAAUUGCCUUGCCAGACGGUGUGUGCAGGGACAGUAAUGACAUGGUCUUGAAGCACGAUUGCACUGCACACUCCGUGUUGUUCGAUCCCAGUACCAACUCUGUCCGCCCCCUGACGAUUCAGACUGACACCUGGUGCUCCUCCGGACAGUUCAUGCCUGAUGGCACGCUCAUGCAGACCGGUGGAGACUUUGAAGGUGUCAGAAAAGUCAGAACGUUCACUCCAUGUCCAGCAACUGAGACAUGUGAUUGGGUAGAGUCUACGGAACUGAUACUAGCAUCACCGCGAUGGUAUGCUACCAAUCAGCUCUUACCUGAUGGGCACCAGAUUAUCAUCGGAGGAAGGUCGGCAUUCAACCUCGAGUACAUGCCGCCAUCCGCUGCUAGCAGCGCAGCAGCUCUCUACUUCGAUUUCCUGAACGCAACUAACGAUGCGCAGAAUGACAAUCUCUACCCUUUCGUACACCUUCUGCCGGACGGGAACCUCUACAUCUUCGCCAAUCAGGAUUCGAUCGUUUACAACUAUGUGGCCAACGCUGUGGUGAAGCGCUUCCCGAAGAUUCCGGGAGGACCUCGCAACUACCCUUCAGCUGGCUCCUCGGUUAUGCUACCUCUGCUGGCGUCGAAUCAAUUCUCGACUGUGGAGAUUCUCGUCUGCGGGGGUGCGCAGUAUGGCGCGUAUCUGGAGCCAUGGAAGCAUUUGCCUUGUUCCACCACGUGUGAGAGGAUCACAGUGACAGACAUUGAUCCCAUUUGGGUCGAAGAGAUCAUGCCUGUCGCUAGGUGCAUGGGAGACAUGGUCCUUCUGCCCACUAUGGACGUCCUCAUCAUCAACGGCGCUGCGAAAGGAUCGCAAGGUUGGGGAAACGCUAUCGAGCCUGUCUUGAAUCCGGUUCAAUACUCCACAUACGCUGCACCUGGAGAACGAUUCACAACUAUGGCCCCGUCCACGAUCCCUCGCUUGUAUCAUUCCACCGCGAGUUUGCUGCAAGAUGGCCGGAUUCUUUUAGCAGGGAGCAACUCCCACCAGUUCUACACAUUCACAGGAGACUUCCCGACUGAGUUACGAAUUGACGCUUUUUCCCCGCCUUACCUUGCCCCUUCACAGGCCGGCAACAAACCUACGAUCAGUGUCUACCCCCUUGUGAUCACCUACAGUGCUCCAUUCACUGUGACGGUGAGCGCACCUUUGGCCAUGGCAGGGGUGUCAGUUAAUCUCAUCAGCGCGCCCUACAACACACAUUCCUACUCUCAAGGGCAGCGCCUUGUGAGCCUGAAUGUCGGCGGGAUUGUGCAAGUGGCGCAAGCGAGCGUGUACCAGAUCACCGUUACCGCCCCUCCCAGUCCCAGUGUAGCACCCCCGGGGUACUACAUGAUGGUUGCGGUGAAUCAAGGUGUGCCGAGCUCGGCUGUAUGGAUUCAGUGCUCGCAAGGGAUGUGAGUCAGGUUUGAAUCCUCUACACGAAAAGAGUAGGGGUAGGCUUCAUCUGGUUGAGAAUCCCUGCAGUUUUAACGUCACAGAGCUGCGAAAUCCAUCUCUACAUAGUUUUCUGCCUUUCGACAUUGAAUGAUUCCACGACUGUGGGUCCCAUCACAAGGCAUGUCGAAUUGGAAAUAGAUUACCUCUGUGAGAGAAGGCAGAGAUAUUAUGGAUCACCAGGGGAAGGUUGUGAACCUGCACUGUCUGCUUGGAGAGGGCAAGGUUGUGAACCUGCACACCGGCUUGUAUAUUAAAGAACUUCUAUACAGACGAAUACAGGAGGUAGAGAAUAAAAUUUCCACACCCUCCCACAUUUGCAUGGUCGGCAACGUCGUCGACGCAAACAGCUUCAUCGGCGUGCACAAUGCCGGAGACAACCAGCGUGGGCUCCUCUCCGUUCGAGGCAGCACACAAAAAAACCUUGCCCGCACCGUAAUGCAAAACUUGCACAGCUUCAUCAAGGGUUGGGUCCUCAUCACAUACCUCUCUUUGCUUUCUUCGCCAUUCCUCUUAGUUCUUCCAUGAGUGGUCCACAAACUCUAUCUCAUCGUACAGACGGGGAUUGGAUCAACACGAGGUGGGUAGACUGAGCACAGCUGCUGUGCCGGGACAAGUCAGUCAAUCCUGCAGCGCUAAGGUAUGAGAAAAAAGGUUGUUGAAAUCCUCUUCUUUCCUCCCAUGAGCAAGCUUCCAUAUGCAAAAAGCUGUAAGAAGCAAGGUGGAGGGAGCUCAACCUUCUCCAUGGACUUGAGCAACAACAACACCUCAGAAAACAUCACUUCAGACACACACGGCGUCAUGGAGAGGGCAUGUGGGUAGCGGUGAAAGGGAUUCAGAUAUGAAAAAAAUGUAUAUUUCUCCUUCAAUAAUACAAUUCAAUCUGAUUACUGCA